UCUGUCUCUGCCUCUCAUUCUUUCUGAUCUCUCCAUUUUUCCCUCAUCUCCAUUUUCUCUAAAAUGCACAUAUAUUCUUGUAAUACUUUAAAUUGUAUUAAAUUCAAUCUGAAACAGACAUUUUAUGCCUAUGACUGAUACACACACAAGGUCCCUUAUUUAAUUUUGCUGUGUUAAAUAGCAAUUAUGUUGCUUUUUGUAAUAAUGUAAACAAAAUUGGUACAUGUUAGUCUCAAUGAGUACCUCACUUAUUAAAGUAGUGGCAUAUAAAAUCCCGUGGCCAUGUCUUGUACAGAUGAUAGAGUUCAUCUUUUCUUUUGUUUUACAAGAUACCUUUCAAAAUUUGCUAAAUGCUUGGUUUUGACAGAAAACAUGUGCUAACAAAGAAUGGAUCAGAAAAAUGGAAGUUCUUUCACUAGAUUUAUCCUACUAGGUUUCUCUGACAGGCCUCAGCUGGAGCUAGUCCUCUUUGUGGUUCUUUUGAUCUUCUAUAUCUUCACUUUGCUGGGGAACACAACCAUCAUUGUAUUGUCUCACUUGGACCCACAUCUUCACACUCCUAUGUAUUUUUUCCUCUCCAACCUAAGCUUUUUGGACCUGUGUUACACUACCAGCAUUGUUUCACAGCUCCUGGUUAAUCUCAGGGGAGCAGACAAGUCAAUCUCCUAUGGUGGUUGUGUAGUUCAGCUGUACAUCUUUCUAGACUUGGGAUCUACAGAAUGCAUUCUCUUAGGCGUGAUGGCAUUUGACUGCUAUGCAGCUGUUUGCAGGCCCCUCCACUACACAGUAAUCAUGCACCCUCGUCUGUGUGCGCUGAUGGCUUCUACUUCAUGGAUGAUUGGUUUUGCCAACUCCCUAUUGCAGACAGUGCUCAUCUUCCUUUUACCACUUUGUGGAAGAAAUAAAUUAGACCACUUUCUUUGUGAGGUCCCUUCGUUGCUCAAGCUUGCCUGUGUUGACAUUGCUAUGAAUGAAUCUGAACUCUUCUUUGUCAGUGUCAUCAUUCUUCUUGUACCUGUUGCAUUAAUCAUAUUCUCCUAUAGUCAGAUUGUCAGGGCAGUCUUGAGGAUAAAGUCUGCAACAGGGCAGAGAAAAGUGUUUGGGACAUGUGGCUCCCACCUCACGGCGGUUUCCCUGUUCUAUGGCACAGCUAUCUAUGCUUACCUCCAGCCCAGCAACAACCACUCUCAGGAUCAGGACAAGUUCAUCUCUCUCUUCUACACCAUCGUUACACCCAUGAUCAACCUAGUAUAUACACUGAGGAACAAGGAUGUGAAGGGAGCACUUAAGAAGGUGCUCUGGAAGGACUACAACUCCAGAUGACUGGGAAAGAAAGACAUUGCAGUGGAGGAACUUUGAAUGCCAGAGCUCUUAGGAUGUAUGCAUUCUCGUGUGUCAUCCAAAAUUUCCCCUGCAACUCUCAAGGAAAUUUCUUUACCUAAAUCUCUAAGGAAAGCAAGUAACUAAAAUCUAAGUUCAUGAAUUUAUUUCACCCUCCAGAGAUGUUGAUUUCAUAUUCCAGUGGCAUGAUUAUUGCUCACUGCAGCCUCAAACUCCAGGGUUUAAAAAGGAUCCUCCCACCUCAGCCUCCAGAGUAGCUGGGACUACAGGCA